ACUGUAGAACGCGCCACCUAGGGGAAGUUAUACCUUUGUCUUAUUUCAUAACGUAGACGAAAUAGGCAUCUAACGAAUCUGACUGCACUCGCUAUGAUGAAGUGGGGAAAAGAACCAUGUGAAAUUUUUCUGGUUUUUUUGGCUGUUGUUGGUUGGUCUCGUGCAGACAAUUCGUGUCGCGGGAUUCUUCUGAAAGAUCGUAGUGGAGUUAUCAACAGUCCAAUUGACCCCAUCACUGGAAAAUACCCGCCAAAUUCCCAGUGUUUUUGGGAUUUCUACUCGAUAGAUGGCAUUGCCGAUGAUCAGUUUAUUACCUUCCGAUUUUUGAAUCUGGAGCUAGAACUCAGUGAUAACUGUAACUAUGACCACGUGGAGUUAACCAAUCGAAUCGGACGACCUGUUCCCCUGAAACGUUUCUGUGGAAAUGAAAUUCCGCCAUCAGUAACGGUUCCGGCUAGGAAGGACCUACGGAUGUACUUCUUUAGUGAUGAGAUCUAUGAAUAUAAAGGCUUUUCUGUAGAAUAUAACGUCGUCAAAAAUGAUGUUAAGUGUCCAGAGAAAGAGUUUCAGUGUCGUAAUGAUCAGUGUGUGGAAAAACACCGAGUGUGUGACACCUCCGACGACUGCGGGGACGGAACAGAUGAAGAACAAUGCAAUCAUCCAACCGGAGAACUGGAAAUUUGUGGCUUGACUCCCAUAAUACCGGAAUUAGGAAACGGUGACCGUAUUGUCGGUGGCCGAGAGGCCGUGCCCGGCAGCUGGCCUUGGCAAGUGAGCUUUCAAUAUAUUUAUACACAUCCCAGUAGUCACUUCUGUGGUGGUGCACUGAUUAACAAAAACUGGAUUCUGACAGCAGCCCACUGCGUUAAGGAUAAAUACAAAGAUGAAAUUCGAAUUCAUUUCGGAAAUCAUCACCGGUGGCUGACAGACCCACAAGAAAUUCUCCGGUAUCCUACAGAUUGGUACUUCUAUCGCUGGGAAGAUAUAGCACUCGUCAAACUCAAUGCUCCUUUGAGUUUUAAUGACGUCAUCCAACCUGUGUGCUUACCAGAAUGGGAAGAAGAUCUGGAAGACGGAACUAUGGGUCACGUGACAGGAUGGGGUAAUACGAUUGGUACCGGACACAGUACUGUUUUGAAGCAAGCAAUGGUACCAAUAUUUAAUUAUGAAGCUUGUUCCAACUAUGACUCGCCGUUUCCGAUAAACCCCACUAAUAUUUGCAGUGGAACUGAUGACGGUGGAAUCAAUCCGUGUUUCGGAGACAGUGGAAGCCCUCUAGUGGUACAAAAAGACAAUAAGUGGACUGUUUACGGCCUGGUAUCGUGGGGCCCUCUAGUGUGUGGUAUCAAACAAGAGCCAACGGUCUACAUGAAAGUUUCAGAAUUUCGUCGAUGGAUGGAUGAAACCUUAUCUUCAAAUUGAAAAACCAAAAAAGUCAUAAAGCGACUCGAAACUACUUAACAUUUUCUAUGACCAUUCAAAAGUUUUUUUUUUUUACGAUUUUUUGGAAAUACUUAAAAUUUUAUGACUUUUUGAAUAACCCAAAAUCAUUUAGAGUGUAUGGAAUUAUUCAAAACGUUUUUAAACUUUCUGGAAUUACUAAAAUCUCUUUAAAAACUUUAUAUAACUACUCAAGCUCUUUGUAACUUUCUGGAACUCCUCCAAGGUCGUUGUAGCUUUCUGGAAUCUCCAUAAACUGUUUGUAGCUUUCUGGAACUUCCCCAAACUCUUUGUAACGUUCUAGAACUUUCUCAAACACAUUUUUUCACUUUCUGGAAUUUCUCUAAACUCUUUGUAAUUUUCUAGAACUUUCUCAAACACUUUGUAACUUUCUGAAACUUUCCUAAACUCUUUGUAACUUUCUGGAACUUUCUCAAACACAUUUUUUAACUUUCUGGAACUUUCUCAAACACAUUUUUUUAACUUUCUGGAACUUUCUCAAACACAUUUUUUAACUUUCUGGAAUUUCUCUAAACUCUUUGUAACUGUCUGGAACUUCCCUAAACUCUUUGUAACUUUCUGAAACUUCCCUAAAUUCUUUGUAACUUUCUGGAACUUCCCUAAAUUCUUUGUAACUUUCUCAAUCUCUGUAAAAUUAGAGUUAACGUUAGUUUAACAGUAAAUAACGCUUUCCAACGUGAUACAACCAAAAUUUCGAUGAAAAAAUAAAGAGUUUCAGCGGUUAUCUGGAAAGUAAUUAUGAUCUUCUUCUGAUCAAAGCAAGCUCAGGACUAAAAAUUGACUCAGUAACAAAUUAUACAGCUAAACUAAUAAACCGUUUCUUCAGUUCGGUACCUUCUCUGUUAGCAAGAUUUUCGGCUUGUGUCUCUGUCCCUUCUUGUCCGAAUAAAGUCCAAGGUUAAAGUCUC